AUGGUGUUGCCGUGGUCUUGUGGACCACAAGAUUUUGCUUCCGGGUCACAUUGGUACCUUCUUUUUCCCUGUUGCCUUCAGGCCAACUUCAGAGGCUUAGAAUUCUCUGCUCCAAUUCGGGUCGUACUUACAAACGAGAAAUCGAGCGAUAUCUACCAGGAAUUUCAUGAAUUCUUCAAUUUUCAAGACUUUUUCAAUGAUGAACUUGAGGAAAUCUCUCGCGACGGAACCAAAUGGGCGCGAAUAGACGUGUCCGAGUGCUACACCGACAGCGGAACUGUGCUGGACAUCAUCAUUACAAUCAAACGUAAGUCUCUCAACGUCUUCCGUGAACAAGACUUGCGUCGAUUCUACAGUUUUGGUCGUUACGGGUUGCAGACGUAG